AAUUAAGCCAUUUUCUGCUACAGUCUCUCUCUCCCCUGUCCCCAAAAUCCCAAAUUAAUAAACCCUAAUUCUUUCUCCUCUCUCUGUCUACCGUUUCUCUCCGCAAGUAUCAAUCUUGCUUUUUGAAUCAGUCAUCUCUUUUGGUCGUUGCUCCCCUUCUAUUCUGAAUUGGUCCUUCAACGUUAACAGAAGUUUCUCAAACUAUUCUCUUCAUUUUCCCGAAAAUUCUCUUCUUUCCUAGAAAAGUUUUGAUCUUGAGUAACAAAAGCAGCCUGUAGCAAAAGGAAGAUCUAUGUUUUGUCUUCAUUAGCAUAGAUUACUUGUUACAUAUUAGCCUGUAGCAAAAGGUCUUGAAGAGAAGGACCCUAAGAAACCUGCAUCAAAAGCAACUGAAAAGAAAGGGAAAACUGUUGAAGUAGCUAAAUAAGAGCCCCUUGAUCCUGUGGCUGAGAAAUUUCGCCAACAAAGCACAUUUCAACUCCCAUUUCAAUAUUCAAAAAGAAGAAAAAGUGUUUCAUAGUGAGCUCCUCUAUCAGUUGCCAGCUGCAUUUCAUUGUUCAAAACAAUAAGGUUUGAAUGCAGAAGUUGUAAAAAUGGAAUGUGUUGUUCAAGGAAUUAUAGAGACACAGUAUGUUGAAGCACUCGAAAUUCUACUUCAGGGUCUUUGUGGGGUUAAUAAAGAACGCUUAAGAGUCCAUGAAAUUUGCCUUAAAAGUGGCCCAAAUCUUGGAUUUGUUGCUUCAGAGGUCAGAUUAUUGUGUGAUCUUGAGCAGUCUGAACCAACUUGGACUGUUAAACAUGUUGGGGGUGCAAUGAGGGGUGCUGGGGCAGAGCAAAUUUCUGUUCUGGUUAGGAGUAUGGUAGAAAGCAAAGCAAGCAAGAAUGUGCUUCGAUUAUUUUAUGCACUCGGAUACAAGUUGGAUCAUGAGCUGCUGAGAGUCGGAAUCACCUUUCAUUUCCAAAGGGGUGCUCAGAUAACUGUAACUGUUUCAUCUGUUAAUAAGAUGCUAAAACUGCAUGCAACCGAUGAGGCUGUGCCAGUAACACCUGGUAUACAGCUGGUAGAAGUGACCGCCCCUGCAACAUCAGAAAAUUAUAAUGAAGUCGUUGCUGCUGUGUCUUCCUUCUGCGAAUAUCUUGCACCGCUGCUGCAUUUGUCAAAGCCAGGUGUUUCAACCGGUGUUGUGCCUACGGCUGCUGCAGCUGCUGCAUCUCUUAUGUCUGAUGGUGGGGGCACAACCUUGUAACUGGAUUUGUAAAAUUGCAGAAUGUUAGUUAUGUACUUUUGCAUAAUUGAUUCAUUCUCCUCAUAUAUGGCUAUCAAACAUACUCACUGUAGUUUUAAUCUCAAGACACAUGAUUAGACUGUAAAAACGAUGGGGGAAUUUGUGGAGUUUCUGGAUGGGAUGUGUACAAGUUAGUUGAGCCUUAAACCCAGAAUUUCUAUACUACAACUUCUUGAAAUUAA